AUGGGAGCUUGUUAUGCCACAAACUCGGGCAAGGUGAAGCGUCACAAACUGAAACAUGUUCUGCCCAUCAAGUCGAUGAAAGUUACCAAUAAUGCUGUCAAAGAAAUAGAGAACAUUCUACGUCCUUUCCACCUGACAGAUGAUGACUACAGACGUGUCAUGGACCUGCUCCUACAGAACAUGGAAGGACUGGGCAAGGACACCAACCCCGACGCUCGAGUCAAGAUGUUCCCUACCUACGUCAGAUCUCUGCCAGACGGCACAGAAUCUGGGGAUAUCCUGGCUCUAGAUUUGGGAGGAACAAAUUUCCGUGUGCUCCUAAUUCGUCUUGAUGGGCAGGAAGUAACAAUGGAGAGCAAAAUUUUCCUUAUACCACAGCACAUUAUGUUAGGCACUGGUAAAAUGUUAUUCGACCACAUAGUUGACUGUAUCGCAAAGUUUAUGAAGGAACAAUUAACCGACAAGAAGCUGCCGUUAGGGUUCACCUUCUCAUUCCCAUGUAAACAGCUGGGUCUGAACAAGGCUAUCCUCACCACCUGGACCAAGGGUUUCAAGUGCGAGGGUGUAGAGGGGAGGGACAUCGUGGAGCUGCUCCACGAGGCUGUCGAGCGCAGAAAGGACAUUGACAUAGACUGUGUAGCUGUGAUAAAUGACACGGUCGGAGCCUUGAUGUCCUGUGCUCACAGCGACAGAGAUUGUAGAAUUGGAAUAAUUUUAGGUACAGGGUCUAAUGCUUGUUAUGUAGAGGAUUUAAAACAUGUAGAAAUCUGGGAUGAAGACAAAAAUGACCCUAGUCAGGUGAUCAUUAACAUGGAGUGGGGAGCGUUUGGGGACGACGGCUGUUUGGAUUUCUUGAGAACAGAUUAUGACAAAGACAUGGACAGACAUUCCCUAAAUCCAGGCAAACAACUGUUUGAAAAGAUGAUCUCUGGUAUGUACAUGGGAGAAAUUGUACGUCUGGUUCUGGAGAAACUCAGGAAAUCCAAACUCAUUUUCAACGGGAAAGGUUCAGAAGAAAUGUCCACAAGGGGGCGCUUCUUCACAAAAUAUGUUUCAGAGAUAGAAAGUGAUGUAGACGACGGGUUCAAAAACACAAAGCAGGUGUUUGAGGAUCUGAACCUCCAGCAGUGGUCUAUAGAAGACUGCAGGAUAACCCAGUAUGUGUGCUCCUUGGUGUCUAGUCGGGCAGCCUUCCUCGCCUCUGCUGGAGUUGCCACAUUACUCAACCGCAUCAACAAACCAGAUGUGACCUGUGCUGUUGACGGUUCUCUCUAUCGUUUUCAUCCACACUUCCAUGAUCUGAUGGUGGAGAAGAUUGGCCAGUUGAUAGAUCCAGGCCUGAGGUUCAAACUGAUGUUGUCUCACGACGGAAGUGGGAAAGGAGCAGCCAUUGUAGCUUCUGUAGCAAGUCGCGUGCAGACCAACAAGGCCAGUCCAGAACAGCAGUUAAAUUUAGACCAAAUACAGUUGGGUGACAACCAAUGUUUUGGUGGGUUGAGAGCCUGUAAAGAGAUGCCCAGCACGCCGGAGCAACUCAGCAAAUAUGAAAAGAUCGAAGCGUUGGUGCGAAACUUCAAGCUGUCAACGCUGACCUACAAGAGGAUCAUGCAUCUCCUGGAUGAGGAGAUGAACAAUGGCCUCCGGAAGAGCACGAACCACAUGGCCGACAUCAAGAUGUUCCCCACAUUUGUCCGGGCCCUGCCGGACGGGACGGAAAAGGGUGAAUUCCUAGCUCUGGAUCUUGGCGGUACAAACUUCCGGGUGUUGCUGGUGAAGCUUGACGGACGGGACGUGGAUAUACAGAGCAAAACCUACCUUAUACCACAGAGAAUUAUGUUAGGCACAGGAACACAGUUGUUCGAUCAUAUAGCAGACUGUAUCGGACGUUUUGUGAAGGAGCAGGACCUUCGGGGCAGGAUUCCUUUGGGGUUUACCUUCUCAUUUCCAUGUAGACAGGAAGGAUUAGCCAAAGCUCGCCUUUCCAAAUGGACAAAAGGUUUCCGAUGUGAAGGGGUGGUUGGGGAGGACAUCUGUCAACUUUUACAUGAAGCCAUUAAAAGAAGAACUACAAUUGAUGUCGAAAUAGUAGCUGUUGUGAAUGACGCUGUUGGAGCAUUGAUGUCCGCCGCUCACAGUGACCGUAACUGUCAUGUUGGUUUGAUUCUUGGUACCGGCUGUAACGCCUGUUACAUGGAGAAGUUGGAGAAGGUGGGAGUGUGGGAGGGAGAUGUCCACGGGCCAGAGCAGGUGAUAAUCAAUACCGAGUGGGGAGCUUUUGGGGACAAUGGGUGUUUGGACUUCGUACGGACGGAGUAUGAUCGGGAACUCGAUACAUUUUCCAUCAAUCCUGGAAAGCAAUUAUUAGAGAAGAUGAUUUCUGGGAUGUAUAUGGGUGAGAUCGUCCGGCUGGUUCUGGAGCGGUUAGCCAUGGAGAACCUUGUGUUCCAAGGUGUAGAUCCCGAAUGUGAUAUCUUUGCCAGAGGAAGGUUCUUCACGAAAUACAUCUCAGAAAUUGAAGAUGAUCACGAUGAGUUUUACAGAAAUACCAAGCAGGUUCUUGACGACCUUGGAGUCCAAAAUUACACAACAGAAGAUUGCAAGAUUGUCAAGUACGUCUGUACCCUAGUUUCGGCACGGGCUGCCUUUUUAUCCUCAGCAGGUAUUGCCACGUUAAUUAAUCACUUGAAACGUCCGGAGACAACGAUAGCCGUGGACGGUUCCUUGUACAGAUUUCACCCCCGUUUUCACAAUCUGAUGGUGCUCAAAAUACAAGAGCUGACAGCACCAGGAUUGAAGUUUAAGUUGACAUUGUCCCAUGACGGCAGUGGUAAGGGCGCGGCUUUGGUGGCAGCGGUGGCAGUCAGACUGAAGCAAACGAAGCAGAUUCAGGAAGAUGCUAUGGCUUGUCAGUGAUAAUGUAGGUGGUACACUAAUCCUCAAUGGUGUGACUAUAACCGCUUCUGCGACGCCAGCCUCUGAUGUCCUUGAGCCUAUCUCUGAUGUAACGAUUUCAGCUUGUCAAGAUAGACAUACAGAUAAAGGACGUACGGAGUGAACUGUGUCAAACUGCUAUUACCUUGCAGUUCUUCAGCUACAGUGUGUUCUGCUAUGCAAAGUAUUCUGGUAGAAAAAGAAGGAUGUGUAUUACUGGCUAAUUCAUCCAGUACAAUACUAAUUAGAACAUGACCUGUAAAUACACUCAAUAUGUGUUGGCGGGUGACGUUUUGGUUUAGUCUGCAGUUCGCUCUGUAGGGUGUUGUGAUUUACCAUAUUCAAAGCCUGUUUAAUUAAAUUCUUCAAUAUUUUGUAUUAUGGCGGAUCAGUAUUUUUGUGUCAUACUCGGUAGUAGCAUUUAUUGCCGCUCACUACCUGACGGCAUAAUUAUAUUUUAAGCUAACAAAUACCUAAUUUACAUCUCUGUUUGUUCCUGUCAGACGCUAUGAUUGGGAUAAAAGCGUGACUUGCAGGGUAAUGGCGUCGCGGACUAGUUGCUGGCCAAUACUGAUAUCAUGUGACUUACACUGAUAGAAUCUUACACUGGACAUUCACAAACAUUUUUCAUAAUGCUUGCUAAGUGCCCCCGUUGUGCUUCGUCGAUUGGAGUGGGAC